AUGAGUAGCUCGAAUGACGGCGACCAGCGAAAUAGGAGAGACGACAGACCUCUACUGGAGCGUAAUGAAGAACAGAAUCACCAAGAAGGUGACAUAGCUCCCGACGGGACCUCAAACAGACAGGAAAUAGGCAUUUUUGAAAGAUUCAUGGACAAUGUUCUAGGAGUGAAUCGAAAUAGAGGCACUGGCGAAUCAUCUUCCCGAGUGGAAAUUCCCGAGGUGGGACCAGGAGAUUUAAACAACACGAGAAGUACAACAGAAGCUGAACCAUCUAUUACUGUCGGACUUCCUACCGAAGCGAGCGUGCUUAGUAAUGUGGAAGGAGCAAUGCCUACAACUGCGACGGCUACUUCUACCACUACCUCGACAACUGCAAAUACACCUGGAGCUAACACUAAUAGCAGUGGGGCUAUUAUCAUUACGGUGAACUAUGUGUUUUCUGAUGAGAACAAUCCACAAGUACCAAAUAGGUCUGGUUCGUUGAUCAUGACGCUUCCAAAUAAUCCCUCGAAUAGAGAUCCUCGUGUAAUACAAGAAUUCAUUAGGCUUGCUACCCAGAUGGCAUAUUCAACAAUCAUAAACGGUUUACACAAGGAAAAAGGCAUUACAUUAGAUAAGUUUAAUUCUUUCCCAAUCAAGAGUGAGGAUGAACUCAAAGAUUCAAAGAAUUGUUCAAUUUGUUUCGAAAAAUUCAAGUUUUUAGAUAAGAAAGAAGACUCAUACCCGAGGGCAAGAAGUGAAGUGGACAAAGAGUUAGGCGUAAAAUCAGGUAUCAGCAAAAGGCAGAAGUUGAAUUGUGGUAAACUGAACAGCACAGAGACAAAUCCAUCUAGCGCUGCAGAUAGCGGUGAAAUGUCAGGAGAAGAAAUUCGACCAGCAAAUGCAAACACAGAGAAAGAAUAUCUAUGCGAUUUCAAGGGACAUUUUGAGCACGUACCUGUUGCAAUGCCCUGUGGUCAUGUAUUUGGAAAAUCUUGUUUGUUUGAGUGGUUGAAGAAUCAUAGCACUUGCCCGUUAUGUAGGGGUUCUGUAAGCGAACCACAAACUCAACAAGAUGGUAAUAAUAACAUUCGGAGACCUGGACCAACUAUCGUUGGUCUUAAUGACACCAAUAAUGCUAAUGGGUCUUCAAAUUUUCUUCAAAAUUUUACGGUGGUGGACAGGCCUGAAAACUUCUCAGAGGUUCUUCACAAUGUAAAUGCUGAAGGUGGUAACACUGACGACGAUUCGAGUGCAUUGCGCCGUGUCCUUAGAUCAGGAAAUGGUUUGCGAGAUGUUGCAAGAAAUAAUUUGUUCGCCGAUGACGUUCAUACAUCCGUUAAUAAUUCUCGACCUGAUUCUAGUGUAACGAAUGGAAAUAACAGACAAGGUAGCGUUAUUUCACACCUAUUAACAUAUCUUAGGAGACCACAACUGAAUGCUAGUAGUGAAGCUUUGUUCCCAACUGCAGUCGCAAGUAGGCGAACAAGUCAAGGAGUUGAAACUAAUCUGACUGAUAGAAAUGAUUCUAAUACGUUAGAUUUUAUGAAUUUAAGAAACUUGGUCGAUGGUAAUGACGAAAAUACAUCAACUAAUGAUCUUAAUAGCAAUACCGGCAAUACAAGUAAUGAGAACGAAAACACUACAAUCACUAACAACAAUCAAGGGUACGUGGAUGAUGAAAUAGAUUCCAGCAAUCAUGAUAAUACUGCGGAAAGGUAA